UACGUCUGCCCGCGCACUCGAUUUUUCGUUCAUUUGUACAUUCAUGCGCGUGCACAACACGAUGACGAGUUGUGUGUAUCACCUGCAUGCGCGAGCUGUUUCGGGAAGUUGGACAAAGUUACACGGCCGGUAGGGUUCAUAUUCUACAGAUCUCGAGUACUAUCCUUUUUUGAUCGGUAUCACUAUAUCAACAAAUGAAGCACCAGCAGAGGAACGGUAAGCGCGAGGGCAGCGGGUCCAACAACAGUCCGGUCGGCGCGGACUACCUUGGCUCGUCGGACACGGCGGCAGCUAUCCGAUCGUUGGCUGCCGAUCUUCCCGUGCAGUGCAUCCUACCGACAACGGCCAAGAUGACGCCCGACGACCCGGCCGACGAGGAAUUUGUCUUUGGUGCCGCGCAAAAGACACUGCGCAACGCCGAAGCCCUGCGCGGUGCCCUGCUGCUCGGCCUGAUCGUCACCUGCGGCUGGUUCAUCGGGUUGACGGGCUUUUCCCCAGCGUGGCUGGUGCUGUUGCUCUUUUUGGCCGGCACGGUGACCAAGACGCGGAUCACGAGGCUCCUGCAGCACGUGCUCCAGCAGGAGUUGGCGAGACUGCGCAGGCGACGCGCUCUCUACAAGGACGAGACCGCCGAGUGGCUCAGUUUAUUGAUCAACAAGUGGUGGAGGUUCAGCGCGGCCAGCUUGUUUUCCCUGGCGAAGGAACGACUGGAGCCUCUGCUGAACGACGCCAAGCCGGCUAUAUUGGGGUCUCUCGAGCUGAGGGAGCUAACGUUGGGGGAACAGACGCCCUGCGUGACGAGGAUACGCACCCUCGAGUACAACGGUGACGAGGACUCGAGUUUGUCGGCCGGUGGUGGUAGGCCCCAGCACUCGACGAGGCUCUGCAUCGAGGCCGACCUAAACCUCGACUGCGAGCAGUUUCGCAUGCUCAUCGCCACUCGGCUCUUCGGCAAAGGCAUGGGCAUGGACAUCGACUUGGCCGUGGAAAAGCUGUCGGUGUCGGGGACGAUCCUCGCCUCGGUGACCCUGGACACGAGCGCGCCCUUCCCCCACGCCAGCCAACUGAGCUUGAGUUUCGUCGAGAAGCCGGACGUUUGGUUCAGCGUGCGCCUCCUGCGCUCCGUCCAGAUGAUGGAGGUGCCGUUGCUCAAAACUUGGAUACACGCCGUCGUUUCGGACGCCUUGGCCAGCUGGCUGGUCGAUCCCGGCCACUUUGAGUUCGACCUUCGCGCCACCGAGCGCCCCGGCCCGGGUUUCGAUUGUCUCCCCGUGACCACGCCCCAGGCCGUUCUCACCGUCACCCUCGGCCAAUCGGCCCCGCCAGGUAACAGUACGGCGGGCGACGAGGUGCGUUGGUUGGUGGUGACCGUAGGUGAGCAGCGACGCGUCACCUCCCAAUUGAGUCCAACCUGGAGCGAGGACGCGUCGUUCCUGGUGGGGGGCCUCGAGAACGAGCGCAUCGUCAUCAAGCUCAAGGCCAAGAGGCUCGUCAGUACCAUCACCUUGGCUCAGUACGAGCUCGCCCUCGGCGUCUACAACUGGGACAACUCGCAGCUUGUGGAAACGGUGCUCCAGCAAAAGAAGCCCUCGAGGAGCAGCACCAGCAUACCGAGCAUCAGCGCCAAGCUCGAGUACGUGCCACUACCGACUCUCGAACCGGACGCCGUCCAGCCCAGCGUGCCCGACCCUUUACAAUCGCACACGGCUGGAGUACUCGUGGUGUACAUACACUCGGCCGAUAAUCUCAACACCGACAACGCCCAGUGCAACCCGUACUGUCUUCUCUUCAAUAAUCGUAAAAAGGUGAAAACGACUCACUAUAUUCGCGAAACGAUUUCCCCGCGCUGGGAGUCGAGGGCCGAGUUUCUCGUGCAAGAUUACACCCAGGUGUCCCUGAGCUUCGUCAUAUAUUCGUGGAACAUCUCGAAAAUGUCGGACACCGACAUGCUCGGCCUCGCAAUGUUAUCUCUGUCCACCGAAACAAAGUGGAUAGUUCGCAAGGAAUUGACGCUAAGCGGAUCUAACGGCAUGUCGACGAUGACGGUGUCGGUGCUGUUUCACCCGGUGCGGAGUGUCCAGCAAAUGACGGCCAGCCGAAAAAACAGCGACAACCAAGUAGUCAUCGAGGACGAGCCCAAGAGCAAGAGGAACAGCUUACCUUGGAUGCAGCAGGCAUCUUUUCCAAUGUUGCAGAAAAUGCUGUUGACGCACCGAGAGGCCGAUGCAACGUCGGACGUAUCGAGUCUUCUGUCGACGGGAAGCGGACUCAUGGAGGUGACGCUGUUGCGCGCCAAGGAUCUCGUCUCCAAGGAUCUCAAUGGUUUCAGCGAUCCCUUUUGCGAGUUAAGGCUCAACAAUGAAACCAAAUACAAGAGCAGCGUCAAGAAGAAGACCCUCAAUCCGUGCUGGGACGAGAGUUCCAUCAUGGGCUUGCCCCGGUCCGGCGAAACGUUGGACGUUGUUUUGUGGGACCACGAUACUUUCGGUAUGAAAGACUACCUUGGCAAAGUAUCACUGACCCUCGAGGAAAUCCGCAGACUGUCGAGUACGGACCAGCCGUACUGGUUCACUCUGCGGGGCACGAAAUCCGGAUCUAUCGAGCUCAAGGUCAAGGUUUUGUCCGAGGAAUGCGAGACUCAAAGUACUUACGCGACGAGUACCAUAAGCGAGGCCUCGACCAGACCCAGUGACAUCCAGGACGUACAACCAACGGCGCCCGUGACGAGCGGCAUCCUGCGUCGGCCGUCGAUGGAGAAGUCGAGAAUGAAAUUGCACCUCGAGCCCGUUAUACCACCCCCGCCGCCUCCCAGAACCGUCACUCUGAUCAAGGCGCCAAUUGUACCGCCGAACCCUAACUCUGCCCAAUCGUCGCCCAAGAAUUUUCGAAACGCCAACAACACCGGUAAAAUUCUUUCGAAAGCCAAAGAAAUCAUCGAGGAGUGCAGCGAGACGACGACAAACAAUCACUGGAGUCCCAAGAAAAACGGCGAACAGCAGGUCGAUUGCGCGGACGAGACCGACGAUUCGAAGCUGAAACUGGCCUCGAGCCAGCACAGUCUGUCCAACAGUCCUGAUCCGAGUUUUGGCAAAAAGACCCCGCAGUACAACAGUUUCCGGUUGAUGAAACAAAAGAUGAAGCGUGGCCUGAAGCUACGGAGGUUCAAGUCCGAGGUGAACAUCGAGGAAAAAGCCGAGUCCAACAAAGGCGUGAACCUCAGUCUGGAGCCGCGGCGGACAGGUGAAACCGACGCCAUGGAACUUUUGCAAAACUCUGGACUAUCGCACGCAGUCUCGCAGCCGGAUAUGCUUGCUAGAAUCCGACAGGGUAGUCCGAAAUUGAGGUUUCGGUCUAACGAAUUGAAGGUCGUGAACGGGGUGCGAGAAAAGUACUCGGGGGUUGAAGGCAAGGUUCUCCAAGCUCAGGGUCUUCACGUAGCGCACAUAGCUCAGUUGUUUUGUCGCGUGAAGUUUCAAAAUUGUACGAGUCCGGAAAAAAUGACAACAUCGUUGACCGGUGGCAAAACAAUCGCCAAGUCUCGACUACUACCCGCAAUGCCGAAUCCACAGUUCUGUAUAGAUUUUCAGCUCGACUACGACUCUGUGCCUAGACAAGCCACACUAGUCUUUGAAAUUCGAAGUGCUAGCAAGGAAUUGCUCGCCAGUCGUAGAAUAACGCUGCACGAGUUGCUGGGUGCUUCCUCAGCUACGAACGAAGUGCGUACAUGGCUUGCCUUGAACAACGGAGCCUCCAUCGAAAUUCAAAUCGCGCACGGUCGAGAAAUCAAGCGAUCGACGAAGAAGCUUUUUCGCUCGUGGUCUGUUAAAAGUAUUGGAAAACUCUGAAAUAAAUACUCUUUUUUUCUUUCUUCUUUACAAACGAAGCUUUACGUAAACAAGCCUUUUGCCAUGCAUCGGGACGCUAAAUUGUAAAACACGAUCACUUGAAUCCAAAAGGAAGAUCUUGAUCAUCACUGUCUGGCUUUGCAGAAAACGAAAAGGCUUGCAAAAAUAUUACUUUUACAGUACUUACAGCAGUUUUAGGAAUAUUAUUUAUAUUUAGAUUCAAAUAAUACCCACAUUCCGCGAACACUAAAGUUGUAACCCCCUUCUCAUGUGAAUUGUGAUUUAUAAUUGUAGAAAUAAAGUGUUGCAAUUAGAUUAGAAUAGCGAUAUUUCAUAUUUUUCUACUUCAGUAUAUUUAAAAGUAGUACAAAUAUUUAGCAUUAGUGCUGCGAGAAAUAUUAUUUAUUUCGAAAUAAGGUAUGGCAAUUUUUUGUAAGAUAUAUUUAUACAUAUAU